AUAUCCGGGUGCCCCCUCCAAAAAACCAAGAAAAAAGUCUUGCACCCUUCGGUACCACGGUGGAGACAUUUUCACACGGACCCCCAGACAUGGCGGUUCCUCGUCGGUGCCUGCGUUGCGAACCAGCGUCCAUUGCGGAUAACCCAGUUCCCUUUCCCCCUCCGUGUCUCUUUAAAGCGCGGAGCAGAAGUUCCCCCUCCGAAUCCCUCCCCCCCGCCUCCCUCGCUGCUCUCCCAUCAUCGCCCUGACGUCAGGAGGAGGGAGGCGUGUGGGUGCCACGGCCUCCCCCGUGUUUAAAAUUCGCCAGAAGGCUGCUCGUGAAGAGGGAGGAGGAGAGCGAGCAGAAGCCUGGCAGCAGAAGGAGCGCCGCUGGCCGCAAGGUUGAUCCCAAAGGCUGAGAGUCGCUGAUCACCUCUUUCCUGUUGACAUACCAGAGGACAGCCACACCAUGUCAUCUGACCAGACUUCUCAGUCCACUGUGCCACCUCUCCACUCUCCAAAGUCACCUGUGUGGCCAAUUUUCCCUUUUAACAGAGAGGGAAGCCGGAUCUGUGAGAGAGGUGCCCACCUUCUUCGGGACUUACCCAGCCCACUUCCCACAAAAAGAACCAGGACAUACUCUGCGACGGCUCGUGCUUCCGCUGGUCCUGUCUACAAGGGUGUAUGUAAGCAGUUUUCACGCUCCCAAGGCCACGGCUUCAUCACCCCAGAGAGUGGCACAGAGGACAUAUUUGUACAUGUGUCUGACAUCGAGGGGGAAUAUGUUCCAGUAGAAGGAGAUGAGGUCACAUACAAAAUCUGCCCCAUCCCACCAAAGAACCAGAAGUUCCAGGCUGUGGAGGUGGUGCUUACCCAUUUAGCUCCACACACAAAGCAUGAAACGUGGUCUGGCCAAAUCAUUGGAUCGUAAACUUCUUUUUGAGCCUGCAGGACAACCCCACCAAGGAGGUGGGGUUGAAUGGUGUGGUGGGUGGUGGAACUGCUGGAGCAAUGGCAGAGAGCCCAGGCUGGCAAUUCUUGUUUGCAGUGUGACAUGUUGGCAUUUAUGUUGUCUUUUCUAAGAUUUACCUUUUGGUUUGUAGCUGUGCUUUUUUUUCCCAAAAUGGCAAGCAGGAAGUGGAAAAGGGUUGCUGGGUGGAUUUUCUCCUAUGUCUCGUGAGCUCAUAACUGUACCCGAAUAGACAAAGGAAGAGCUCUCAAGUUUUUUUUGGGUGUGUCUUUAUCCAGAAAGGCAGACUUUUAUUUGUCUCGCUGCUACCCUAAAUGCAUUAACAAAAGUCUUAUGUAUUGUCCUGCUCUGUUUAACAAAUUAUCCCAUUGCUUUUUCAACGGGCUGGUCUAGGCAGUCCACCCAGGGGAGUUUGCAUUAAGCUCUCUUGUUCUUCUCAGCCAGAGUAGGUAUUAAGAGAUGCAGUGAUAUUUUGUAGGGGGGGACAAUUGUACAUUGCCUGAAGACAGUGUCUCCCACACAGAGCCCCACACAGAUUGUGCCAUCUUCAGAGACACUUGUAGGUAUGUGCUUUUUGUCCCAUCUUGUCCCCAUCCCCAGCCACCUUGCCCUGUGUAAGGGAGGGACCACAUGACUUGCACUCUUCUCCCUAAGUCCACUGAUGUCGCUGUUGUUGUCUCUUGAGAUCAGUGGUUUGGCUACCACAGCUAGGCAAACUGUGGCAACCGGAUUACUGGUUUGGUGACAGAUGCUGCUUCUCCCCCACCCCCCAACACCACCCCUGCACACAUAAUUGCAAGUUGGAUGUCUAGUAUCUCAAGGAUGUUGUGUAGAGAGCAAGUAGAAUGCAUCACUGAAGAAGCAGUUUCUGAAAACUGUCAAGAUCCAUGAAGUCCCUCUCUUGAGUGGUAUUCACAACUGAAUGUGUCAGAUCUUUCUCAUAUGGCAUAGAUAAAUUACUUUUCUUACUCAGUCCCCUGAUUGAACCAGGAGACAAGAAUUCAGGGGUUGGGGAUUUGUGGUUAACUGGGCACUGGACAUGAUCAUUAAGGUGAACUUGCAAUCAUAAGCUAUCUUGGAAAUGUCAGAUCCUGUGCUGGUUCUAUCUGUCCAAGGCAUGAUGUGAGUUACUUUGUGGCAGAAGCGCUGAGUAUUAAAUUCUUUGGUAUUAUGCAGCAGUUUAGGUACUUAAUCCUUCAGUUAAAUGAUGAAUACACAAUAUUGUGAAAACUGCUGGUCUGUUCUCCAUGCCAUUGAUACAGGUUUACUUCAAAAGCAGAUCAUUCUGAAUGCCAUGUUGCAAGGAGUCUUUAUUCAUUUAAAUUCCUGUUGAAAUAUUCCCCCCUUUGGCAGAUUCUUUCCCGUGGCUUUUUAUAAGAACAGAAAUCAGGAGAGGGGGAGCCGGGAAAGAGAAUAUAUAUAUGAACACUAGAACAGGUUUUCUCAGGGUAAGGUGAUCAUUUGCUUGGAAGAGAGGUACACAAUAGGGUGCGCUUCAGUUGUUGUGGACUACCACUCUCAUUAGCCUCGGCCAGCAUGGCCAGUGACCAGGACUGAUGUGAGUUGUGGUUCAGAACACCUGGAGGCACUGUGCUGGUUAUCCCUGCCUUAGGCAUAGCCAGUUAACGGAAGGCUAGACAUCCUUUUCAGUGUUGCAAAACAUAUUCCUACAAAGUCUAAGAAUGGAAUCUUCCUGCACUGGAUUACACAAGCCAAUUGAAAAUCUGCAAAUAAUACUUGACCCGUCACUAUAAGUUCUUCCAUUCUAACUGGACUCUGUACUCUCCUGCACAUAGCAGUGAUUUGUUCCAGAAGGCCCCAGUUGUGGCAGUAUCCCGUUCCCAGCUUGCUUCACUUUCCAGAUUUCUUGAUAGCAGUGAUGCGGUGGUAAGGAGUGUGCGGUACAGACAUACAAGCCCUGCUCAGACAUCGUCAUGGUCUUCCUGCCUUAACUACUGAGAUUCUCUCUCUGCCCCCGUCCCCAAUCCUGUUACUCCUAAAGUAAAUGCAGCUGCACUCUCUGAUGGCAGUGCAGUGUCUUAAUUUGCAACAUAAUGUAAUGCCAGAAGAAUCAAUACAUGUAUCAUUUUCCCAUUGGUUUCAAACAGAAGGUAAUAAGUUGGGAGAAGCUGACUUUGAAGUCUUCGCUAAUAGACUAUUACCCUGCUGACAUUACAUUUCCCACAUAUAUUAAAAUGUAAGUCCCCCCGCCCCAAGACAUUUGUCUUGCUUAAAAAUAAUGCAAUUAAAAAAAUACUGCAGAUGAAGGCAUUUUGCUAGAAGAAUAAUCUAUUUUAACAUUUGAAACGGAAUAGAGCCUAUGCGAUGCAUCUGUUUUAUGGUCUUGGGCAAUGUAUGGUGGUUCCUGGCUGUGGAUAUUUGCUUUGAGAAUAGCAUUUUGAUUUUCUGCAUCUCCAGAGAUGUAGGCUUUAGUAUCGUCUGCAUGUGUUUGCGUUUCUGAAUGUUGCAGAUCAUGUUUCCUCAAGAUGGAUGUUUGGACGUUCUCCUACUCUUCCUACUAUUAGCCUAACCUGUACAUUUUGAUGGCCCUCUGUGUCCCUAGUUCUGUAGUUAAUGAGGGUCAUGUGCACAAGAGAUGGAGGAAUCGUGCAUCAAUGACAAGAUUCAUGGGCCAGUAAUUGAUAAUGGGCUCUAGUGGCAUUGUAUCUAGUUAUGUUUUGGUUCUUGUCCAGCCUUCCCCGACUUUUACUUCUCUCCCCCAGGAUAUACAGGGUCAUGUCUAAAGCACAAACCUGAUUUCUAAUAGAUGUUCUGAGUAGAAAAAAAAUUCCCAGGAUAGGGUGUGCAUGUUAGGAAUUUGCAUGGUGUCAAUCAGUUGCUAACCUCAUUUUGAACAGUAGACUGACAAGUCUAAAGCUUCUUGGGCAAUAUCAUAUCGGAUGUUGCUUGACCUUGCAGAGGGGGCUGAACAUGCAUCGUAAAACUUUUGUAUGAUGCACUAGAAGUGUACACACCACUGUUGUAGGAGCUAAGAGGGUUGAUUAAGUGGCAAGUAUGCACGUGAGUGGCUUAAUUUGAGAGUUGGAAGGAGCUUGGUAGAUAGAGCCCAAAGUAUGCUGGAAUCGUGAAAAUGAGACUGGUGUCUUCAGAGUCGUUCUUUUUGUACUUGCAGUGCAUCUUCAGAGGCUUUCAUGUGGUGAUGUGUGGCUGUUUACUGCACACCUGUCCUCUGUGGUUCACAUCUCUGGGACUUCAGUGAUCGUUGGUCCUCUACAGCAGCGUUCCCCAGCCUUGUGGUCCAAAAACAGCCGGAGACCCACAGUUGGGAAACAGUUGCUCUACAGUAUAGAGCAGACCUGAGGAACCUUUGGUCCUCCAGAUGUUGCAGAACUACAACUCCCUUCAGCCCCAGCAAGCAUGGUGAAAGACGGGGGAGAGCUAUAGUUCAGCAACAUCUGGAGGGCCAAGGGUUUCCCACAGGUGUGCAGAAUUUGCAUAGUUGGGUGCUGGAGUACGACUGUGCAGCCAGCAUAGACUGCAUACUCUGCAAGAAACAGGUGUAUAAUGGCAGCCUGGUGUUCUCUAGCAUUAUAACAUCAUGCUUUUUUCUUCCUUUCCAGGAGCAAUUCUCAUGUUUUCAGUUUAGCACUACAGUGUCAAACUUAUGAUCACAGGAAAGUCUGUGCACAGAUGCCCAGAGGGGGAAUAUUUCCUUCCAUGUGUGCUGACAAUGCUGGAAGAUUAAAUGUAGUCCUGUUAGAACACUGGAGUUAUAUUCACACCAUACACUUAAAAGCUUCCCUCAAAGAAUCCCGAGAAGUGUAGUUUGUUAAGGGUACUUGGCAUUGUAGUUCUGUGAGGGGGAGACUGCAUUUCCCAGGAUUCCUUGGAGGAAAGUGUAUGGUGUAGAUGUGACCCGAGUAGCUUCCAGUUAAGUAUGUGGGUUUUGGUUUCUAAAUGAAAUGAGGACUGGCCCUCCAGAUGGAGCACAUGGUCAGAUGGAUAUGUCUAGAAUGGUUUUGGGUUCAUCUACAGGUUAAACGAAAUCAUGAGUCUUUCUGGAACAGACUGAGCAUUGCAGGUAUAUUUUUGAAAAUACACCCUACAUCUAGAAAAGAGCGCAUUGUUGAGAGGUUCUGACCUAACCCGCCCCUGAUGUGCUACUUUCCACAUACAGGGAACCAAAACAAUGACACCAUCUCCUUGUACCUACUUCGUUGAAGGAACAACCUGGAAACUCUGACAAUGCGAAUUUUCUAAAUCUGUAGCAUACUAUUGCGAACACAACCAUGUGGUGUUGAAAUAGCACUACUCAAAAUGGCUGCCCAACUACAUUCUAGGGAGGGUGUUGGUUUUCUCUUGCUUCUGAGACUAGUUCUUUCCAAGUUCUAAUCUGUUUGGUUAUGGAAACAUUCUGUGUCCUCCUUGGACUAAAAGAACAACAUCCAAAACUAUGUGUCUUGGAGCCAAAUUGUACAGAGGGGCUUCCCCUCUCUCUAUUCGAGAUAAAAUGAGAGUAGUGAGGUGUUUAUUUUAAAGGCCUUUAAUACUCAGAUGCAUGUGCUCUUGACAUAGGCAUAGACAUUGGGGAAGGAACAUGUUUUAGUCUUUCCCUCCAAAGGUGAACAAACAGUCCAAUGGAGGAAUGAAGCAGGAAAAGGAAGCAAUUUCCCAUGGUGCAUCCAGACCCCUGUGUGUGACCUGCUUCCUGUGACAGCCAGAGGGACUUCCUGCUGCUGUUCUGCUUACAUUAAACACCAGCAGCUCCUCGCCUCUGCCCCUCCCCUUGAAGGUGCAAUAGCAGUGGAAGUGCCACAAAAUGGCAUCUUCUCUCUGGGAAAGCUUUUGAUUCUUUCUGAAAUAAUCUUUGUUACCUAUGGUGUGUCUGUGUUUUUACAACUUUUGGUGUGGUCCUUGCCUGUCUGACCCCGUGUUGACCUUUGUAACACCGGCAAUAAACCAUUAAAGUGACUUUCCCACAA